AAAUAUUUUUUUCCGAGUGCAAACAUGAGCGGCACGUUUUUAAUCCAGGUUUAAGUUUUGAAACCAAAUGGCUUAUUCGUAUGACUUUUUGCUACACUUGUCUUUCGUGAUAACAUUUUCACAAGCGCUUUUAAUAUUUGAGAAAUGCACCAGGCACUCACAGUGUCCUUCAAACGCUAGAUGUCGCCCUAAUGGAUGUGAGGGAUAUAUGUGUCGUUGCGUUUCACAAUUUGUUUAUAGUGACGAUAGAUCCCAAUGUGUUCCAGGUAAACUUAUGGGAGAGGUUUGCGAUGGAAAUCUCAACAAAUGUCUCUCCCCAUUUGCUGUAUGCAUGGAUGAUGUGUGCCAGUGCAAUGAGUUAAUGGAACCAACUUCUGACGGCCAUUGCAAGUCCCCGUAUGAAGCCGAACUUCAUCAUUCUUGUGUAGAUAAGAUUUGUGUUCUGUCAACGGUAUGUGAUGGUGAAGUCUGUGUGUGUCCAGAGGACAAACGGGAGAUAACCACGGAAGAAUACUGGUUAGACCCACUAAAGGCUAGAAAAUGUGUUGAUAAAGAAUACUCUGUAGACCACUGCCACGGUCAACAAAUUCAGAUACCUCAGGGUUUGUUGGAAGAAGAAAAUAGCACAACACCAAGUAAUAAAAGUAUUAAACUAAAGGUGGACAUGGUGCAAACAAAUGAUGUUAGUUCGGAAAACAUACCUUUGAACAAGGAACAAAUACAGGAACCUGUCCUUUCUGAAUAUGUGGAUGGUGGAGAAGAAACCCAACGAAAAUUAAUCCAAGAGGACGAGCCUGGUACAAAUGAUGUCAGAGCUCCAAUACUGUCAGUCAAUCCCGAUAAAAAGGAUAUGUCAGCAGCAGUUGAUAAGAUAAAGGAGAGAAAUGUCAUCAAGGGUCAAUCAGAUACCAAUGUUUUGGUGGAUUCAAGCGAAAUGAUACCUAAACUCCAAGUAAACGAACAAUACUCGAAUAAAUCGGAAGACAGAAGUCCUGAAACGUUUCCAUCUUCGGACAAUAUUUCAAGUACUGAAGUUGAAAACUUUUUAAAAUUCAAGACUCAUCCUAAAAACAAUAAAACGCAUGUAGAAGACAUAGAUAAGCUACCAUCUGACAUCACUGAAGAUUUCCCUACAAACGCACUUUCCGAAGAGAAAUUUACUUCUGAAGACGGUUUAAAUAAGUCUUCAAACAAUCAAAAUGUUACCAUAAACAUCCGAAAUUCUUCGACUUCUUUUGAGGAGAGAAGUAGUUAUCUGAAAAAUGAUAAAUUUAGGGAAAUUACGGCGGGGAAUAAAAAUUUACACGAUCAAGACAAUUUCAUCAAUAAAAAAUUGGUGUCUUUCAUAAAAAUAAACAAGGACGAUGACAGGCAACUAAACCAAUUGGUUAAGCGUUUGAUUGACACGUUAUUGGAAAGGAAUAAGAAAGUUAACAUAUAUCAUGGAUGCAGCGUGGAUGAACAGUGUCCAGAGCAUGCGCAAUGUAAAGGAAGAGGAUGUACCUCACAGAAACAAUGUUUGUGUAGAGAAGGAUUCAUGACGAAUAUUAACGGAACUAACUGUGUUCCAGACGGUUCUCGCCCCUGUGUCAUAAAUGAGUUUCAGUGUGCCAGCUCUAGAUGUGUGCCCUACUCUUGGGUAUGUGACGGUGUCACCGACUGUCCCCAAAAUGAAGACGAGACCAAGCUAUGUUCUACUUCACAUAAAAUGGAUAUCUCGCCAAGAGAACAUCAAGAGGAGAUUAGGCGCCUGGAAGAUAAACUCUCACAUGAAACCUUGAUGCGCAUGCACUUGGAGCGAAGUAUACAGGAGUUAAGAGAUGUUGUAAAAGAAAUAAAGGAAAAUGAAAAGGAUAUUACACACAUCGAAAAGGAGACAAUACAAACUCGUCAAAGGAGGCAAAAUCCAAUAACAGCGCCUACACAAUCUGCAAUGGAUGAAGGAGAUCGACAAAUCUCGACAUGGAGUGAUCCCUUUUACGAUGGUUUUAUAGAUGACAUUCAGAACAAAUUAAAAGGAUCUGCAGUUUAUUCACUUUGGGGAGGAAAGGUGUGUCCAAAACAUGAAAACACAAGGACCAUAUACACAGGCUUUAUGAGUUCAAGCAACAUUAAGUCGGAGAGAGGAGAUCCGGGUGAUUUCCUUUGUCUCCCCCAAGUGCCAGAAUAUGACUCCUCAUCGUCUGUAAGGAAGGUUUUCAAUGAACAUAAAAGCGUCGUCUCUGGUUUCACUUACCACUUAAGUUGUGCAGUUUGUCAGGUACAGCUCGUGUCUUCCGUCCUCAUGAUUCCGGCCAAAGUGACCUGUCCGGCAGAUUGGAGGUUGGAAUAUGUGGGCGUCUUGGUCACUGCUGGUGACAAGAAAGGAGGAAGCAGUGCGCGCCAUAUUUGUAUAGAAAAGAACGCUUUAUAUGAAGGUGGAAUUGAAGACAGCAGGGAUAAGGGUCCAUACUUGUAUCCUGUUGCUGUAGAGUGUGGAAGAAUCCCUUGUCCCCCAUACAAAAAGAAUGACAGUUUGUCCUGUGUGGUGUGCUCGUUUUGAAAAAAUAAACUUUUCUGUUUACUAAAAUAAAUGCAUAUUUAUAUAUAUUUUUAAAGUAAUGUAUUACCGUAGCAAGACUUGUAA